AGAACUGGUCCACUACCCCCCCCCCCCCCGCGCCCUCUCCUCGUUCGCCUCCGCGUCGCAUGACCGCCGCCGGGCCGCCGACGCCACUGCUCCCUCGCGCGUGCUCCUCGUGGUGGAGGUGGGCCCCGCUCCCCUCCUCCCCGCGCUCCCCCAGUGCCUGCAGGGAGGGGUUCGGGUGGUCGGCGCUGCUGCGGCGGGGGCGGAGGAGGAGGAGCAGGGCGGCGGCGCUUCCGGCGAUGGCUCGGCCGCCGAUCCUGUCCAUCGCGCUGCCGUCCGACACCGGCCGCGUGCUCAGCAUCCAGUCCCACACCGUCCAGGGGUACGUUGGCAAUAAAUCAGCAGUCUUUCCCCUGCAACUCCUUGGCUUUGAUGUGGAUCCGAUAAACUCUGUACAGUUUUCUAAUCAUACAGGAUACCCAACAUUUAGAGGACAGGUUCUCAAUGGCAAUCAGCUGUGGGAUCUUAUUGAAGGGCUGGAGGAAAAUGAUUUAUUGCACUAUACCCAUUUAUUGACAGGUUAUAUAGGCUCUGUUUCCUUUUUAAAUACCGUGCUACAAGUUGUCGACAAAUUACGUUCUGUCAAUCCUGAUCUUGUAUAUGUUUGCGACCCAGUUCUUGGCGAUGAAGGAAAAUUAUAUGUCCCUGAGGACUUAAUAUCUGUUUAUCAACAGAAGGUUGUCCCAGUUGCUUCGAUGCUUACACCUAAUCAAUUUGAAGUUGAACUACUUACUGGAUUGAGGAUCACCUCCGAACAAGAUGGUUUGACAGCUUGCAAUACGCUCCACAGUGCUGGACCACAGAAGGUGGUGAUAACUAGUGCACUUAUUGAAGGCAAGCUGCUCCUUAUUGGAAGUCACAAAAAAACAGAGGAACAACCGCCAGAACAAUUUAAGAUUGAGAUACCGAAGAUACCUGCAUAUUUCACGGGAACUGGAGAUUUAACAACUGCUCUUCUACUAGGAUGGAGUAAUAAAUAUCCUAAUAACCUCGAGACAGCAGCAGAACUGGCAGUAUCCAGUUUGCAGGCACUCCUAAGAAAAACUGUGGAAGAUUAUAAAAGGGCUGGCUUUGACCCAUCAACUAGCAGCUUAGAGAUCCGGUUGAUUCAAAGCCAGGAUGACAUUCGAAACCCAGCAGUUACAUGCAAGGCCGUGAAGUAUAGCUGAAUCCAUAGUAAUCGUGGGAAGCAUCAUCAAUAAUUACAAAAGUGGGGGAUGAAAGCUGUUGUAGCUCCUGGAAGUGUUCUUAAACCAAUUUUGGUCUUCCGCAAGUAUGCCAGGAUCUCCAACAAGUUCCUCUGCCCCAACUUUCAUGACUUCAGUUUUGGCAUACUGUUUUUGUUAUACCAUGGUUCCAAAAUCACAAAGAAUCAAAUAUCAGAAACAAUGAAUAAUGAGCAGGCUGCUUUUGUAACAAUUUGUCAGAAUGCCAUGGGCAUGAGAUAGAGAUUGUACAAAUGGUAUAUGCAUCUUUGAAGUUCCAAUGAAUAAACAACAAUUGUUGUUGU